CGUGAAGCAGAUUCAAGAAAAUGCAAGGACCUUCUUUUAACAAAAGUGUUAAAUGUUGUGACCCAAAGUAAAAUUCAACGUCAUUUAAACAAAAAAAGUUCACUGGCACAUGCAAUACGUCUGCCAACAUACAAGAAGAAGUUAGGUUUAUUAUACACCUUCAGUCAGAGCCAUUAUAGACCAUGACCAAUACCAUCAAGAAUUUUAAGUUCUUUGGUUGGAUUUUUUUGGGGUAUGGAAGUGAUCAUACAACCAAGAAGCUUUUAGCUGCAGGGCGGCAAUGUCGGGAAUCGAAGAAAGGAGGGUCUUUAGCUAGCAAUUUUUUGCUCUCUUUCUUCCUGUUCUUCAUCUUCUUCUUUUGCUACGAACUUUUUGUUGGUUGGAGCACUUCUCCAGCGAAAUCUCCAUUACAAAUAUCACAAUAUUCAACAACUUCUAAACCUUUACCACCGCCGCCACCGCCACAGCUAAUAUCAAUCUCAACAUUAACAUCAAAGCCAAAACCACAAGAAUAUCCACUACAAUGCACCUCCAAGAGUACAACCCAAACAUGCCCUCACAACUAUCCUACCAACUAUAGCUCUAUGAAUCCUAGCCAUUCGUCAACAUGCCCGGAUUACUUCCGUUGGAUCCACGAAGAUCUACGACCGUGGAAGGGAACAGGUGUCACACGGAAAAUGGUGGAUGCGGCUCAAAAGACGGCCCACUUUAGGCUGGUGAUCCUAGAUGGGAGGAUGUAUGUAGAGAAGUUCAGGGAGUCACUUCAAACAAGAGAUGAGUUCACUUUGUGGGGGUUCCUACAGUUACUAAGGUGGUACCCUGGGAGAUUGCCUGAUUUGGAGCUAAUGUUUGAUUGUGAUGAUAGGCCUAUGGUUCCAGCAAAGAAAUUUAGGAGACCCAAUUCUGGCCCACCACCCUUGUUUAAGUAUUGCUCUGAUCCAUGGGGUUUGGACAUUGUUUUCCCUGAUUGGUCCUUUUGGGGUUGGCCGGAGUGCAACAUAAAACCGUGGAGAAACGCAUCCAGGGACAUACAAGAAGGCAGCAAAAUGGUAAAAUGGAAGGACAAGGUGCCUUAUGCUUAUUGGAGAGGCAACCCUCACGUUUCACCUUGGAGGGCGAACUUUGUCAAGUGUAAUGCUACUGACACUACUGACUGGAACGUUCGCAUUUAUACCCAGAACUGGGACAAACAAGCUAAAGUAGGGUAUAAAGAAUCCAACCUGAAGGAUCAGUGCACACAUAGGUACAAAGUCUACAUUGAAGGAUGGGCUUGGUCUGUGAGUGAGAAAUAUAUUCUAGGAUGUGACUCUAUGACAUUGGUAGUGAAGCCCAAGUACUAUGAUUUUUUCAAUAGAGGGAUGUUACCUUUGGUGCAUUACUGGCCCAUCAGAGACAAUGACAAAUGCAAAUCUAUUAAGUUCGCUGUGGAAUGGGGCAAUAAUCACACUGAUAAGGCACAGGAGAUAGGGCAGGCUGCAACUAGGUACAUUCACGAAGAGAUGAAGAUGGAAUAUGUGUAUGAUUACAUGUUACAUCUGUUAACCGAGUAUUCAAAACUAUUACGGUUUAAACCCGCGAUUCCUCCCAAUGCAGUUGAGCUAUGUGCCGAAGCAAUGGCGUGUGAAACUGAAGGUAGUUGGAGGAAAUUUAUGGAGGAGUCCUUGGAAAAAUCUCCUAGUAAUGGAGUUCCUUGUACUUUGCCCCCUCCUUAUGAUCCCUCAAGUCUUGGAACUUUUGUGGAGAAAAAAGCUAAUUUGACUAGGCAAGUGGAGAUGUGGGAGAAUGAAUAUUGGGGAAAGUUGGAACCUAAUAAGAGUAAGGCUGGAUUGUAUUAGCUCUUGUAUAUUGUAUUGUGUCAUAAAUUCAUGAUGCUUCAUUGAGCUGAUUUUUUCUUGAUUAAUGUGUCAUGAAUUCCUGAUGUUUUAUUGGACUUUUAUGUUUCUUAUGAAACUAGGAGUAGGUGCUAAACUUGAUGAUAGAAGCCAUUUGUAUUUUGUUUCUUCUGAAAACGAGAAUGUUACUAUCAAAACAAGUGUGAUUUGUGCAGUUGGUCUGA